CGUCCUGCGGACCGACGCGCUGGGUCCCGCUGCCCCCGGAGGGUGUGGGCUGCUGACUUGUUCUCUUUGCUGGUGGGGCUGCAGCAUUUCCUGUGUUACACCUGCCAGGAGUACGUGGAAGACCUGGCCAAAAUCCCCAGGAGUUUCUUACAGGAGGCAAAUGUCACCCUUAUAGUGAUUGGACAGUCAUCCUACCAUCAUAUUGAGCCUUUUUGCAAACUGACUGGGUAUUGUCAUGAAAUCUACGUUGAUCCUGAGAGAGAAAUUUAUAAAAGAUUAGGAAUGAAAAGAGGUGAAGAAGUUACCUCCUCAGGACCGAGCCCCCAUGUAAAGUCAAACAUACUCUUGGGAAGCAUGUGGAGCCUGUGGCGGGCGGUGACCGGCCCUCCUUUUGAUUUUCAAGGAGACCCAGGUCAGCAAGGUGGGACCCUCAUUGUAGGUCCAGGUCACUACAUCCAUUUUAUACACCAUGACAGGAAUAGACUGGAUCACAAACCCAUCAACUCUGUUUUACAACUUGUAGGAGUCCAGCAGGUGGACUUCACAGGCAGACCUUCAGUCAUCCAUGUGUGACAGACAGACUGUCACUUUCAGAUGGACCCUGAGACAUGGCGCGAAAUGUUGGAGUGUAUCCUUGUGCAGUGUCUACUCUGUCAGCCCUUGAGGAGUUCUGAAAACAUAGAGACAUGUACCCGUUGAACCACAUGCUGAGAGGCAUUGAUUGUCAAAAAUGUGAUGUAUAUUUAUAAUUUUAUGGCUUUUAUAGUUUUAAACAGAAUUUUAUUUAUACAAAAUAAAACU